AAAAGGCCUUUGAAGAGACUUUACCUAGAAUUGUACGGUGCGACUCUAGAAUAUUUCGGAGGAUCUUUCACGACAUCCAAUGCCACAAUCGACUGUGGUUUCCUAGACUUUUUGAUUUUGUUUGGGUGGUUGAGUUUAUUCUUGCUACCACGACGACAUCUUCUUCUUUUUGUCUUUGUCUCUUCUCUCUUUUUCAAACAAAUCAAAAGACAUUCGUAUCAAUAAAGAAAUCAAACGACCACAAACAGAAAAAAUGUCAGGUCAACAACAAAAGCUCAAAAUCGCCAUCGCUGGCUUGGGUCGCAUGGGAGCCCGUCAUGCACAACACUUUUACGCCCUGACUCCUCGAGCAGACCUCGUGGCCGUCUCUUCACCCGAAGCACACGAACUCUCGGCCGCGGAGAAAAACUUGCCAGGAGUCCGGACGUACCUCGACUACGAUGACAUGUUGGAAGCAGAAUGUGCCCGGGGUCUACAGGCCGUGGUCAUCGCCAGCGCCACUGCCGUACAUUCUGAACAGGCCAUCAAAGCCAUCCAAAGAGGGUUACACGUGUUGUGUGAGAAACCUUUGAGUACUGGUGUCGAGAAGUCCCAAGCCGUGGUCGAUGCGUACACUUCAUCCCUCCGACGAUACCCAUCCCAAAAGGUCGUUUGUGGCUUCUCUCGCCGAUUCGACGCCUCUUACCGAGACGCCCACGACAAGAUGAGUUCGGGACUGAUCGGCGUCCCUUCUGUGUUUCGAAGCCAGACGUGCGACAAGCUCGACCCCACGGGGUUCUUUGUCGAAUACGCCCAGUUUUCGGGGGGCAUCUUUGUCGACUGUUCCAUCCACGACAUCGACCUGGCCCUGUGGUUCUUCGGUGAAGACAGCCGAGUCAAGAGCGUCACCGCCGUGGGUAUCACGGCCGUGGAACCCGGGUUGAGAAAGUACGACGACCGAGACAACGCUUUGGGUCUGGUCGAGUUCUACGGAGGCAAGAUUGCCCAGUUGUUUUGUUCUAGAAUGAUGGCAGCUGGACAAGAGGAUUCGACCGAAAUCACGGGAACAAAAGGAAAAUUGGCGAUCAACACGCAACCCCAGACCAACUUGGUCAACAUUUACGAAGCCACCGGUAUCCGGAGAGAAAUCCCACCCCACUACUACGGUCGGUUCAGGGACGCCUUCAUCACCGAGGCCAACGAGUUCACGGCCUGUUGUCUCGACGACACACCUCCGCCGAUGAAACUCCAGGGGGCCGUGAACGCCGUGAGGAUCGGUUGCGCCUUGCAAGAGGCCUUGAUCAGUGGGAAAAAGAUCGAGUUCGAUGAAGAUGGGUCGAGGGUGGACUCUAGCGGUGGUGGUGAGCUCAGAGCUAGAUUGUAGGAAUUUCCUUUUCCCCCAGAGAGAAUCAUGAAGGUGGUGGUACGGGUGGUUUCUACACAGCUGUCGUCGGGUUCAGUCACGAUACGUUUGUUUGAUGGGCGUUGAUAGAUUGUUGAUUGGUCUGCGUCGGUUUUACACGCAGAAAAUGGGCUUUCUUCAAAAAAAAAUGCAAAUACAUAUAUUAGAUAGUAAUCAAGACAUGGAUUAAAAAU